GGCUUCCCAGAGAAGGUGAGGACCAUGGCAGGUCGAACCCUAGCUCUUCGAUAUGGGCCCCCUUGGUCUCCCAUUUCUGAAACUGAGGUACUUGGAACCUGGCCCAACUGGCAUCUCACCAGCAGCGGGGUUGCCCACCACUGGAUCCCACCGGCGUCCUUUCCUCUGCCUACUCUCCAGUCUAUGGUCAAGGCACCCCUGCCUGCAGUCUCGAAAGUCAUCAGCAGAUGGGAAACCACCUCACAGUCUACAUACACCCCCAAGACACAUGGUGGCCCCUGUGCUCAGCCCAAGGCACCAGAGCACAAGGACCCCAGGCGGACACUUGGCAUCAAGUCUUUGGCAGAAAAGCUAAGAAGACAUGAGGGACGGGGUGUCCCCCUGAACACAAAAUGCCAGAUCAGUGAGACGAAGGCACAGUACAAGGGCUGGCCAGAUGUGGAUCAGAGUGCCCCCCUCUUUGCAGAGCCCCAGCCCCCAGAGCUCGCUGACCACCAUCGCGGGGGACCUUCUCAGGCCCUCAUCCCCUGGACGAAGAACCCUGAGAUGGCUGGCCAACCCUUCACAGUGAACAAGAUGGGCAUCCUGGAUCGGCUUCAACCCUAUCAGACCAUUACUGCAAGUGACUUCACAAGGAACGUGUCUGGAUAUCCCCACCAGAAACCGGUGAUGGGCCUGAGCUGGCCGAGGAAGGCAUCCCACCGGGAUCGGGCAAGUUUACCGAGGGUGCGCCCAGCCCGGCCACGCCCAUCGCAGCCGUACCUGGGAGCCCUGUCUCUGACCCGGGAGUCCUACGGACCCUUGGUGCACCCGCUCUGUGGAAUGGACCGAAUUUGCCCAGUACAUGCAUCGUGGGGCAGCCCCCAUCGGAAGCCAGUGCUGGGCCUUUACAGUGUACCCAAGGCCUACUGCACUGAGAAUUCCCGCUAUGGGAGUGCCAGGGCGGAGCUGCUGUGAGCCGGUGAAGCCCACCCACCACGCAAACUCCAUCAUUGGACUUGUGGGCGGGCCAACCCGGACACACCCCUUACUUCCAGAGUUCCUCCAGGCGCAAUUUACUGAUCAAGAAGUUUUAUAGCUGAAA